UUUUUCUCUGUCUAUUACGCAGAUGUUUUUUGCACGCAGAUAAAUCUGAAAGGGAAAGAAAAUGUGUCGGGGAUUAUCAACAUUACUACAGUUUGGGACAUUAUUAGGUUUCUAAAUACAUUCAAAUUCAGGAGAUGUGAGAUCUAUUACACGGCGAGGAUUAUAUGAUUCUUGCACAGUAUCAGUUCAGUUUAUGGGCAGGAAACGAAGAUGUCUGAUUAUAAGUCUAAACUGACAAACAAGGACUUUCGUAACUGGCUCGGGGCGCACUUUGCUGUAUCUGAAGCCAAAGCUGGCUUGCAGGAUGUCGUCUGCGACACGUUGCAAACUCGUCAUCAGGAGAUAAUUAACCAUGUCACAACUCAAACACUCAGUAACUUCCGGUGCUCAAGUUGCUAUACUCAGACUAUUAUUUGUUGUUCAUUAAACACUUGUAAUCGAAAAUGCUCGAAGCAUCAACUAUUUAGACCGUGUCCAAAUGGAGUGUGUGACAAGAUACGGGAUAGAAUUAUAACCGAUCAUAGAUUCUCCAAUCCUUCCUGGAAGAAUACUCGUGCAGAACUUUGGAACAAAUCCUACUGGGAGUAUGCUAAAUGUUUUAUGCCCCUUGGGGGGUAUUCCGACAAGAAUACCUUUUCAGAAACAGACCUAAAUGGAAUCAUAAGUAUAUUGUUAAACCAGAAUGAUUUUGUUAACGAAGUCAACGAUUCCAUUUGUGAUAAGGCACGACAUUUAUUGAACGAUUUGAGACACAAUUCAGAUAUGUUACUUAGCGACCAGAAGCUAGAAGAUGUCGUCUGCACACUACAACAACUUCUGUCCUGUUGUGAGAGUUUCAAAAAUAAUUCCAAGACCUCAGACGCUCGAGCCAAAUUAGAACAGUUGAAAGAUGGUUCUUUUGUUUUACCUGAAGGAUAUGGACAGCAGUGUCUACAGAGUCAAAUUGAGAAAAAUCUUAAGAAGGACUUAAUACAAUUCAACAAAGAUAUACAUGGCACGAUACCUAUCUCCCCGCUGUUUGAAGAUAUUGACAUGGCAGUUCCGGACGUUUAUGUCCAGCCUACAAUCAACAGGGUUUUGUCGGGCUGCCCAAACGCCAAAAAAGGCCAAAGAACAGCACGUAUAUCAUCUUUCAGAGAAAUAUUUCACGGUCAGAACGGACCUUAUCGUGAAAUAUAUUUGUGUGCAGAAACCGGGCUUGGAAAAUCGGUGUUUGGAAAACGGUUAGCUUUGAUAUGGAGACAAGCGAACGAAUCUGACAAAAUUCAGAGAAGCUUUACCCAGGACGAAAUCGAUGAAAUCAGUUAUUUUGAUUUUGUAUUUUACAUUUCCUUAAAAGAAUCUGAUCAGACGCAUCUUGACGUUGACGAAAUGAUACAGCAACAGAUCAUUAGAUACCUUGCGCAUGCGUCACAAUACAAAACUGAAUUUCUUGAACAUAUCUUAUCAGAGAGAAAAUGUCUGAUUAUUCUAGAUGGUCUCGACGAAUGGUCACAUGAAAAAGGGAAUAUUCCAAUUAGAAGACCUAGGCAAUCUUGCACAUUUUUAACCACCACUCGCCCUUGGAGAUAUACAGUGGCUAGAAUAAAACAAAGUAAGAUUGAUCUACAGCUAGAAAUGACAGGUAUUGAUAAAGAGGGUAAGAAAGCUUUAAUAACAAACAUAUUAAAACAUUUCGGUAGUUGUGACGAUCAGUCGGAGUUGGAGAACAGUUUGAAGGAAUUUGAAAAAAAAGUUGCAAGAAGAAACGUCAAUGACCUGGAGACUAGUCCAAUGUUAUUAUUAUACAUGAUAUGUCUCUGGCAGGAUGGGAAACCAUUAGGUGAUUCUCGUUGUGAUUUAUACUGUAACAUCUUAGAGAUGCUGCUACAAAAAGUGGCACGACAACUGCAGCAGGAGGUAGAAAUUAAUCCGAAUGACAGUACUUACAAACCAGAAUGCUUCGAGGGAAAGGAGCAUUGUUGUAAGAACAUUCAUUUCGUGAAGGACUUGUCGCAUAUUGCUUUCCUUACACUCUUCAAUCAAAGUUCAGUAGAAAAUAGGCUGGUAUUUAAUGAAAAUAUAGCAAAGAAAAACAUGUCAAAAAGCUGCAUUGAAUUUUGGCUGAAGACCGGCAUAAUAACAAAGAUAGUACGGAGUAAAGGAUUAACAUCCCGUGAUAUAAGGAUAUCCUUUAUUCACAAAACUUUUCACGAGUUCUUCGCUGCUCUCCAUGUAGCAUUUAACCAAAAAGAGACAGACAUUGUGAUUAAAUCAUGUCCAGAUAUAAAUUCAGUUUUACUGAACGCAAGCUGUUUACAGAAUCUAUGUGGGCUCAGUCCAAUUGCAAGUCAAACAGUUCUAAACGGGAUAGCAAAUGUUAUUUCAAACAGUUGUCAAACAAAAAGCCUCCGGAGAAAUACGUACGCUUUCGCAGACUACUGGGAAAUGUGUGAUUUAAAACAAGAUUUCCAGAAUGUAAUGGUAGCGUGUGUGAAUGAAUGUAGAGACAACGGGUACGAACCUCGUUAUCAGUUGGAAGAUAUGUUUCUGAAUUUUGAAGGUGAACCUGAGAGCCAGUAUGUAUCAUCAUUGAUUGAUUUAUUAAGGCACUCAGAUGAUGAAACGUUAAGGCACACAGUUGUUAAAUCAAUCAAAUUUGGACGGGCUCUUUCCCGCAAAAGUGUCCAUGAUCUAAGACUGCGACUGGGAGUGGACAAAAUGAAAUCACUGCAAAAACUGGAUAUCUGGGGUCAUCCUUGUAGUAAAGAUGUUGAAAUGAUGCUAGGGGCGUCUCCGGACACAUUAGAGUGUCUUCUUCUUCAUGGGUGCGAAAUGCAAGGAACAAAAGAAAUUGAAAGGUACAUUGAAGUAUCUGAGGGAAGCGUCGAUAAACUGAUGUCUUUAAAGGUUUUGGAAAGCAUCGAUCUUUAUUGUAUAUCAAUGAAUCAUAGUCAGAUAGAAAAAGUAGUAAAGUGGAUAGAAGGUAGGAAGUCGAUGAGACAAAUUAAAAUAGCCCGGGUAAAAUGCCUAGAUCAUGAGAAUAACAAUUGUGUUGCGCGUAUACUGGAUCUGUCUGAACACACGCAACUUGAUGUCAUUGGUGUUGGAAACAUGUGCGCUGAUCAGGUAAAGGUCAACCCCUUAUCAAUACGGGAAUUUUGGGGAGAAUGCAACCAGGCUAUGGUCACGUCAUUCUUGACCGACUACGCUUCGUCCGCCAUCAAUAUUCGUACAUUAGUUAUUGAAUUCAUAGAUUCAUACGAAACUGUCAAAAAGAUAUUAAGUAGAUUAACUCAUUUUGAACACUUAGUUAACCUACAAUUGAAAGGUCUUGACCUGCAAAAAAACGAACUUAUAUUGUCGAGACACAAAACUGUUGAACACGUGCGACUCAUUGAAAUAAGUAUGGAGAAUCAAGCAUUGAGAAACUUGAUUGAACAGUUAAGUACAUAUAAACAUAGUGUUACAGUAGAAAUCGCCUCGUGUGACGUGGAGCAUGAGAGCGGUGCCGAAAGUUUUGAAGAACUAAGACAGGAAAUAGAGAUGUCGCCUGAAAAGUACUCUGUAAUUGCCAACCUGAAAUGCUCCGGACACGACAAUGCUUUUGCGUUCAGAACACUGCCUUCAUAACAUGCUUUGGUUGUUGGGUCGUUCGAAUGGUGACACAUAGAUUAACAAGGAUGACGUUCCUAUACGAGAGCUGGAGUUUAAGGUUGAGAGUAUAAAAUAUUUCAGUAUUAUAUCUUCAGCAUUCAUGAUAUUAAAACAUAUAUAAAACAUACAUUUAUUUCAAACAGGAGAAAGUAUUUAUGACGAAAAUGAAUGUGUCGUGUCAAUCAGCAUUAUCAUGGUUAUCCUAAAAGUAGUUUGGAAAACAUUCAUGUGUGGAUUGUGAUCUAAUCAUAUUCCUAUUGUGAUCCAUAUUUACAUUAGUUAGGUCUUGGUCUUCCAGAAAUAACUGCAUUUCUAAGAAAGCUAUUUUAACAAAUAAUGUCUAUUAUGAAGAAAUUGUUUUUCAUCAUCACUAUAAAUAGCCUAAAAGAGAUUCCAAAUUGUGGAAAUAUUUAGACUAGUUGCUGUUUUUUGUUUGUUUUUUUUUUUUCACAAAGAAAAUAUGUUUAUGUUUAUGGCUGUUUUUCUUCUUCAUCCAACUUUGUGCAUAUCAUUAUAUCAAAGUGAGUUCGAAAUUUAAGUGUAUUUAACUGCGUAUUAUUUAAGAGUAUUUGUUAAGUGCAUUUGAUACGUGUAAGGUAAGAAUAUUUUAUACACGUGUUAGAUACGUGUAUUUGAUCUGCAAGUUAGUUUAGUUAGAUUAUUGUAUUUUGAUACAGAUGCUAUUUAAGUGUAUUUGAUACAAGAUUAUGACAAGUGUAUUUGAUUUCAUAUAAAGUGCAUUUAAUAUGUAUUUAGUUAAACGUAUUUCAUAUGCAUGUUAGUUAAGUGUAUUUGAUUCACGAGUCAAGUGUUUUUGAUUGUUUGUUUGUUUCAUUUUACGCCUUUUCCCAACAGUAUUUCAGUCAUAUAGGCGGGUAGUUUCCUAUCCAUCGUUCCUGGAGAGUUACACCAGUACUAGACUACCUUCCUCCGCGCUAAACUACCAAAGCAUCUCCCGGGGAUCGAACCCACGCCAGAGAGGUAACUGGAUUAGAAGUCAGCGACUCUAACCCCUCGACCACGGAGGCGGUUUUGUAUUUGAUAUGCGGGUUACUUAGGUGUAUUUCAUACGCAGGUUAUUUAAGUGUAUUUGAUACGCAUGUUAUGUAAGGGCAUCUGGUACCCACGUUACUUAAGUGUUUUUGAUACGCAGGUAACUUACGUGUAAUUGAUACGCAGGUUACUUAAGUGUAUUUGAUACACAUGUUAUUUAAAGGUAUCUGGUACCCCAAUACGAAAAUUUGUUUAAAACACGUGAUUUAAGUGCAUUUGAUACGCAGUUUACUUAAGUGUAUCUUUACGCAGGUUAUUUAAGUGUAUUUGAUACGCAGGUUAUUUAAGUGUAUUUGAUACGCAGAUUGUUUAAGUGUAUUUGAAUCGCAGGUUAACUAAGGGUAUCUGGUACCAACGUUACUACGUAGAUGAUUUAAGUGUAUUUGAUACGCAGGUUACUUAAGUGUAUUUGAUACGCAUAUUAUUUAAGUGUUUUUGAUACGCAUGUUAUUUAAAGGUAUCUGGUGCCCACGUUAUUUAAGUGUUUUGAUACGCAGUUAACUUAAGUGCAUUUGAUACGCAGGUUACUUUUUAAUACGCACGUUACUUAAUUGUAUAUGGUCCUCAUGUUACUUAAGUGUAUUUGAUACACGUUACUUAAGUGUAUCUGGUCCUCAUGUUACUUAAGUGUAUUUGAUACGCAGGUUACUUAAGUGAAUUUGAUACGCAGGUUACCUAAGUGUAUUUGAUACGAAGGUUAUUUAACUGUAUUUGAUACGCAUGUUAUUUAAGUGUAACUGGAACCCAUGUUUCUUUAGUGUAUUUGAUACGCAUAUCAUUUAAGGGAAUCUGGUUCACACGUUACUUAAGUGUAUUUGUCCGUCUCAUAAUCUGCAUAAUACAAUAAUCAUAUAUUCAUAUAUAAGGGAGGUUUUAGGCGGUGUUUUUUUUCUGUCGAAAGUUUUAUUGCAAUGACUUUCUAUGUUUAAACGUUCCAGAAUUACUCAAACAUGAAAUGUGCAAUCAAAUUGGAACAUCCUUUUAUUAUGUUCACAUACAGUAUAUACCUUUGUUAAAAACAUAAUAUGAAGUAAUAUGUAACAAUAUAGUACAUUGUACAUGUUUUGGUCUACUGCUUGAAAAUAAACACCAAUAAACAA